CAGUACCGUCUGCGCCUCCGCAGACCACCGUCUCCCCUCCUUCCCCGCCGCGACUACCGAUGCGUCGAGCCAUUCGCUCAGCCCGUUGCAGCGAGCAGCUUGCUACUCGCGAGGACGUUGUGUCCUCUCUUCUGGACUUGAGCAUGCUCCAGGCUCGUCAGGAGCGACUCACCCUCAAUGUCGCUGCACUGAGUCGCCUUCUCGCCAUCCUCUCUGACCCUGACCGCACCCUCCCGAUCAUCCCAGUACGACUCGGGACCUCCACAAGGGUGUACUCAGCGCUGUGGGAUUCCGGUUCUCAGGGCGACUUCAUUCACCCAUGCGUGGUGAAGGAAGCUCGCUCACCCACGACAGGGUCUCCGACUCCCAUCUCUGUUACCCUAGGGGAUGACAAGACCCAGCGCUUCUUCGAUCAGACGGUCACCGACCUCCCCUUCUUCCUCACUCUCGAGCCAACUGAUCGUUCCCCGGCGUCUCGUCGCCACCGCUCCUCUGCACAUUUCGAUGUGAUGGAGACGGGGUACGACUUCAUUCUCGGCACUCCGUGGUCUCGUAGGUUCCGCAGCACCGAGGCCGAUUGGGCGACCAACACUCUCGUUCUCAAAACGAAUUGUGGACAGACGUAUCGCGUACCUUUCAUAGGUACCACGGCGAUACCACGCCCCGAUCCUACUCCCUCGGAGCCGUUAGUGCCCACACCAUCCCCCUCUAUCACAAUCACCUCGCCUCGGCAGUUCGAUCACUUCAUUCGACAAGACGACGUCACCUUCUUUAUGGUGGACGUGACGGAUCUCUUACACUAUGAUCCACCCUGUCCCGACGCCGAGCUCAUCCCCCUAGAGCCAGAUCCUCCCUCUAUCUCCAUGGCUCCAAUCUCUACUUCCGUCCCUCCACCGUCCGCCGAGUCCACCCCACCGUCGGGCGCUGACGCUGACGCUGAGGAACUCGCACGAUAUACGGCUGACCUGGAGCCCGCAGUCCGUGACCUCAUCCGAGAGUACCACGACGUUUUCCCAUCGUCGUCCUCGUACGCCGACAUCCCACCGAUGCGUGACGUCGAGCACUCCAUUCAGCUUGUGCCUGACUAUCGUGUUCACCACCAGGCACCCUACAGACUCUCAAUUCCCGAGGCCACCGAACUCAAGCGUCAGCUUGAGGAGCUCCUGAGACUGGGUUUCAUUAAACCCAGCAACUCCCCGUGGGGUGCACUCGUCCUCUUUGCUCGCAAAGCGGAUGGAACUCUCCGUCUCUGCAUCGACUAUCGCGGUCUCAACCGCUAUACGGUUAAGAACAGCUACCCCAUGCCUCAUUCCUAUGAGCUGUUUGACCGCCUAGCAGGCAACCGCUUCUUUACGAAGAUUGAUCUUCGUAGCGGUUAYCAUCAGAUCCGCGUCGCUGCAGCCGACCAGCCGAAGACAGCGUUCCGAUCGCGCUUCGACCACUACGAGUUUACGGUGAUGCCAUUCGGCCUCACCAAUGCACCCGCCACCUUCCAGAGGGCGAUGACCGACAUCUUCAGGGACAUCUUGGAGCAGUACGCUCUCGUCUACCUCGACAAUAUCCUAGUUUACAGUCGUACCCUUGAGGAGCACCUCAGACACCUCUGUGACGUCCUUGACCGCUUGCGCAGACAUGGCUUUUACGCCAAGCUGAGCAAGUGCCGCUUUGCCCAGCAGAAAGUGGAUUUCUUAGGACACUACGUGUCUGACCAGGGUCUCCACAUGGACGACGCGAAGAUCACUGCUAUUGCGGAGUGGCCCGCCCCCACAUUCGCCAAGCAGCUUCGCAGCUUCCUAGGCCUGACCAGCUACUAUAGUAACUUCAUCCGGGGAUACGCUAGCUAUUCCUAUGUCCUUACCUCCACCCUCCUCCGGAAGAACCCACCCUGGGCUUGGACACCCCUCCACGAGGACGCCUUCCGCGCCCUCAAGAAGGCGGUGACAUGCGCACCGGUUCUUCACCUACCCGAUUUUGACCGCCCUUUUAUCCUUACCACCGAUGCGUCAGACUUCGCUGUAGGAGCAGUGCUUUCUCAGGUCUUCUUUUCCUCUCCUGAUUCCUCUCAUCCUCGUAUCCCUCGCUUCCCACCACCUACCCCUACCACUGCUUCCCGACUGAUGCCUACUCGUCCAGCUACUGACGAGCCUUCUAUUGAUUAUUCUCCUACCAUCGCCGAGGACGGCACUGUCGAGUCUCGCUCCGGUGAUUGUCCGAUAGCCUUCUACUCCCGUCAGCUCCUGCCCGCCGAGAUAAACUACACCGCUGAUGAACGUGAGGUCCCUUGCUUGCUGCCUUGGUCUACGUGUACCCCUGAUCAGCGACGUUGGGAAGGACAAACAGAUAUCGACAAAGCAAUCGGUGUGCGCAGCGUUUCUAAGGAACUGCAAAUGCAAACGAUAGCAUCACUGGAAUCAAGGUUGUUUUCCGCGACCCAACGCGACGCCAACUCGCCGACCAGCCCCUCUGAUCUGCGGACUCUGUCAGCAGGGGGUUUCCCAGCACCACUAGGAAGGAAAGUAGGCAAUCAAACCAGUGGGCCCGCAUGGGGGAGUCCGCAGAAUUUGAUGGCCAAGAGGAUGAAACUGUUGAAGCGAAUUCAAAAUGGAAGUGCGGCAAAAAGAGGUAUGACUGAUUCUGGAGAAGAAACUGAGACAAAAAAGUGGGUCAAGAAGAAGAAACCUAUGUUUCUGCUGGAUGGAUUGUGGGUGUCAAAGCGUGAGAGAGAUGCAGCGAGGAGAGAGAGAGAAAGGAAGAGGAGAAUAGAGCUCCAGAGAUGGGCAGAGCAAGAUGGAAAGAUUGCCAAGCUGAAGGAUGAACUAGGAAAACUCACAAGUGAUGGGAUAAUGGUGGAACGAGCAGUGGCGGCGAAAAAAAUGGGAGGCCAACGAUCGGGAGUGUCAGGAAAAGAGAUUGCAUAUUCUUUCCUUAGAACACCUGGAUGGAUUCACCAGACAGAUGAGAGCAGGCUGAUGCAGGAGCUUAAUCAGGAUGGGACAAUUUUGAACCGCGAUCUGUAUCCGAACCUGCCAGAAGGGCACAUCAUCAUUGUUCUUUAUGUGCACAAUCGACCUGGAUACUUGCGAGCGGCAAUUCAUGCAAUGUCCAAGAUUGAUGGCAUCAGUGAAACACUUUUGAUUGUUAGUCAUGAUGGCUGGUAUGAAGACAUGAACAGGAUCGUCCGAAGCAUUCGAUUUUGUCAGGUGAAGCAGAUAUUUGCACCUUUUUCUCCACAUUUGUUUCCUAUGUCAUUUCCCGGGAAAGAACCCGGGGACUGCGAAGGCCGAAAGAUCCAAUUACCUCACGAGCUUCCUUCAAGCUGCCCAAACAAGCCAGACACCUUUGGAUCGUACAGGAGUCCAAGUAUUGUAUCACUCAAGCACCAUUGGUGGUGGAUGAUGAAUGAAGUGUGGGAUCAUCUGCGGGAGACACGUGGGUACGAUGGGCAUAUCCUGUUCGUUGAAGAGGAUCACUAUCUUUUUCCAAAUGCAUACAGGAACCUGCAGGCUCUCCUGGAGGCGAAGUCUCUGGCCUGUUCUUUUUGCAAUGCAGUAAACUUAGCACCCGCCAACUUGGGAAUCGAGUACGUGCUUCCUCUCAGCGUGUUGUUCGUAGUAGAGAGGAUGUCAAACAUGGGCUAUGCAUUCAACCGCAGCGUAUGGACAAGGAUUCAUUCGCGGUCGCGGGAGUUUUGUACCUUUGAUGACUAUAAUUGGGACUUGACACUCAUCGAGAGAGUAUACCCGGCUUUCGGUCCCAAUGGUCUAUUAUCUAUUCGAGGACGCCGAGCAAACAUCCAGCACUUUGGAGCAUGCGGGCUCCACCAAGGCCAUGGAAUUCACGGUGUAAAAAAUGGCUGUGGAACGCCAGGGUCGGUGAUCUUGCCACACACGACAGAAAAAGAUGAUGUUGCACCUGUACCUAAAGAUCUGUACGUGAAACGAUUCCUUAAGCUACUUCGUCGAACCUGUGGUCUACGGUGUGUGCAGCACCUCUUGUGGUCCUCCUACGAGGUAAUGGCUCGGUGCACGCAGUCGAGUUGCAUCGGUCGGAGCGGUCAAGUCACCAUCUGAUGGGGAAAAGAAGCAGAUGCUAGCAUUGAUGCUGAAGCAAACUGAGGAUGUAGACGUUCACAGCCUGUCACAGCGCUCAAGUGAGUUGGACGUAAUCAACGCGGAAGUAAGCG